UGGGGUGUCUAGUUAUUUCACAAGUUGGCAGUGCCGAGUCGUAAAUUUCCAGCUUAUCUAUUAUUUAUUAUUCAAACUGAAACUCGUCCCCAUCUAAUUCAUCAGUCCAAUAUGUCGACGAUAAAGUUUCUGCGAUCCUCCACCCACAACGCACUUCGGACCAGCCUGGGAUGGUACCGCCAUGCUGGCUCAAGACCACGCUACGACUACGACCUGGUUGUGCUCGGCGGGGGAUCGGCGGGAUUGGCGUGCGCUAAGGAGGCGGCUGGCUGCGGGGCCCGCGUGCUCUGCUUCGACUACGUGAAGCCCACUCCAGUGGGCACGAAGUGGGGCAUCGGAGGCACCUGCGUGAACGUGGGCUGCAUCCCCAAGAAGCUGAUGCACCAGGCCUCGCUGCUGGGCGAAGCUGUCCACGAGGCGGUGGCCUACGGCUGGAAUGUAGACGACCAGAACCUACGGCCCGACUGGCGCAAGCUGGUGCGCUCCGUGCAGAACCACAUCAAGUCCGUGAACUGGGUGACCCGCGUGGACCUGCGCGACAAGAAGGUGGAGUAUGUGAACUCGAAAUGCUCUUUUCGCGACAGCCACACCAUCGAAUACGUGGCCAUGCCGGGUGCCGAAAACCGCCAGGUGACCUCAGAGUAUGUGGUGGUGGCCGUGGGCGGAAGGCCACGCUACCCGGACAUUCCCGGAGCCGUUGAACUGGGCAUAACCAGCGACGAUAUAUUCAGCUACGAGCGAGAGCCGGGUCGCACCCUUGUGGUGGGCGCCGGAUACGUGGGUCUGGAGUGCGCCUGCUUCCUCAAGGGACUUGGCUACGACCCUACUGUCAUGGUGCGCUCCAUUGUGCUGCGCGGCUUUGAUCGCCAGAUGUCCGAGCUGCUGGCCGCCAUGAUGACUGAGCGAGGUAUCCCCUUCCUGGGCACCACAAUCCCCAAGGCCGUGGAGAGGCAGGCGGACGGGCGGCUGCUCGUCCGGUAUCACAACACAACCACCCAAAAGGAAGGCAGCGACGUCUUUGACACUGUGCUGUGGGCCAUCGGACGCAAAGGCCUAAUUGAGGACCUCAACCUGGAGGCCGCCGGAGUGAGGACUCAUGACGACAAGAUCGUGGUGGACGGUGCGGAGGCCACCAGCGUUCCUCAUAUAUUUGCAGUUGGGGACAUCAUAUAUGGUCGACCCGAGCUAACUCCGGUGGCCAUCCUGUCGGGGCGCCUGCUUGCCAGGCGUCUGUUUGCCGGAUCCACGCAGUUGAUGGACUAUGCCGACGUGGCAACCACAGUUUUUACUCCGCUAGAAUACAGCUGUGUCGGCAUGUCGGAGGAAACGGCGAUCGAACUGCGCGGAGCUGACAACAUCGAGGUAUUCCACGGCUACUACAAGCCCACCGAGUUCUUCAUUCCCCAGAAGAGCGUGCGCCACUGCUACCUCAAGGCCGUAGCCGAGGUAUCCGGGGACCAGAAGAUCCUAGGCCUGCACUACAUCGGCCCAGUCGCCGGCGAGGUCAUCCAGGGCUUCGCCGCAGCCCUUAAGUCCGGCUUAACCGUGAAAACCCUGCUGAACACGGUGGGAAUCCACCCCACCACCGCCGAAGAGUUUACCAGGCUAUCAAUUACCAAGCGAUCUGGUCGGGAUCCUACUCCAGCCUCCUGCUGCAGUUAGUUCCGUGUCUGGGAGAAAAGUGUCCUCUGCUGAGAAAUAAAGCAGAUUUCUCCCACUUCAAGUGCGUUCAAUUUUUAAUAACCAAUGACCUCCGACGAAAAAGGUCUCACACCUCUAACAAAAUAACUUAUGCAUCCUUAAUUGGUAUUUCAAAAAUUGUGGUGGUACAAAGAAAAAAACAAGAGAGAACGCCAUGGUCGAGUUCCCCCGACUAUCCGAUAAAAGAUAUUCUGAAAAUCGAGAGAAAUUUACAUAUGUAACUAACAUACUACAUACAUACAUACAUAUAUGUGAAAAAAUAUCAAAUUAUUUUGUUCAUUGCAAACACGUAGCUCACGCUCUCACGCACAAAAUUUUCAAAAAUGAUAUUUUUGUUGGUUUUGUUAUUUAUUGAUUCUUAUUAUUCAUUUGCCAAUUUCUAUCGAUAUCCCAAACAAGUUUUGAAAUUUCUACUUUGCCAUCCCACUAUCUGUCAGCCAAGGAACUCGACUGUUGCGUUCUUUGUUGAUUACAUUUUAAUGUAAUAAUUACAGAAAAUAUUAUUAAUACAGACAUCGAAAGGUAUAUAUUAUA